CGUACUCAGCUGCAACGCAAAUUAGGUAGUGUUGAUCUUAUACAUGGAGACCGAAAUUGGUACAAUACUAGCUCUUUUUAGCCUUCUGUACGGGUGACUAUCAUGGCAAAUGUACCAGUUUUAGAUGUGACUCGUGUUAAAAAUUUAAUCAAAAUUUUAAUCGAUUUUGGGAGGACAAAUUUGUUAAUAUCGGAGUUAAAACGCGACGAUAUUGAGUACAUAUUAGACUUAGGAACAGAUGUCUUAAACAAGGAUGAGUCCCUCAUCUGUCUACAGGGGCCAGUAAUGAUCUGUGGAGGUCUCUUUGGAGAUCUACGAAAUUUUUUAAAUCUUCUCGAUACGGCAGGUAUGCCACCAAAGACAACAUACGUCGUUUUGGGUGAUAUUGUAAACAAGGGUAAAAAUUCAAUUGAGGUUGUUUGCCUGCUAUAUUGCUUUAAAGUGCUAUAUCCAAAUAAACAUUUUAUACUUCGAGGUGAACAAGAAUCUACGGAUCGUGUAAGAAAAGGAGGAUUUAAAACAGAGGUUAAAUAUCGAUUCGACGGAGACCUAUACAAAAAGUUUGUAACGUCGUUUUCGUAUCUGCCCUUGGCUGCUGUCAUUGCUGAUAAGGUGCUCGCUUGCCAUGGAGGCAUUAAUAGCAAAGUUCGCACAAUCGAUAGCAUCCGAAGCCUCGAACGUCCGUUAAAGUCACUGAACGGAGCGGCAGCAGGGGUUGUUCUUGGGGUGCCUAUCAAUAAGGUGGGCGCAUCUUACGUCGAAGAUGAAGUUCACGAAUAUGAUGCUGGCGCGGUGUUUCAGUUCUUGGAAGCCAAUAAAUUAAAUCUAAUAUGUCGAACGCAGUGGGCACCUGCGGGCUAUAAAUAUAUGGACAACCGUACCGUUCUAAAUGUCAUUUCAACUCGAAAUUUCUGUGGUAAAAACAAUCCUGCCGCAAUGGUGAAAAUUGACAAGUUCGGCCAGUUGGAUAUAAUCCUUUGCGGCGAUGAUAUUGAACCUGAAAAAACAACGCAUGUGCCGAAAGGAAGAAGGACAGAAUGAUAGAACGAAAAGAAGCGUCUCAAAGGUCACGAUGUAGAAACAAAUCUUGACUCUUUUCUGUAACAAGUAUUUCCCGCAUAAGCAUGCAUUGAAGCAAGCUUGGAACCCAGAUUAUAAUUAUUCAGGCUUUUGGAACAAAAUUGGAUCUUGAUGUGCUGCGUCGUGAAUCGACGGAUACCUUCUGGAUCCAAGUGCAUAAGCGAGUCAACCGUGCGCAGUGUCUUCUCUAUCCGAAAUUUUUUCCAGAAAACCAGUCCCAUGGCAAUAAUGAGAAUCGGCAGAAACGGAAAGUGUAACGUCAUACAGCGGUACACAGUUUCAAUACACCGAUAGAGAUCCGUCUACGUCGAAAUGUGGAGGCAAAACAAAGAAACGUUUCCAGAAUUGAGCUGUAAAAUGAUUCACGUUGUGCAUAUCACUCGUUUCAAUACAAACUGCGUGUGUAUAUCGAACAAGCUAACGCAACAAUGAGAAAAUAGGCGCAGUAUUUGGUGCUUUAAGGAGCAUUCUACGAGGUACUAUUGAGGUGCAAACGUCCUAACGCCUCGAAAACAUUCGUAAACAAUAGUGCUCCCUAUAUUGGUUGAAUGGCCAGAGAUGACAGCAAAUCACACCGCGUGCUCUUGUAUUCGACCUACGGUAAGGAGAAACAUCAGAGACGAUAGAAAAUAUUCGGAGGCAACUAAGCCACAGCAACACAAGGCAAAUAUGUCGAAUCGACUUGGAAUAGAGUACGUUCGUUUGGACGAUUCGGCCUUUGCUGUACCGAUGCACGUAAAGCGUAAAUUUCCUCGAAGAUUCUUUUGCAGCUGGUAUAAAAUACUCAAACCAAAGAAUAUCAAUGUUUCUAAAUUAUAUAUCCGCAAAACAAUCAGCGCGCGCCUUGAUGAUAGCGAUAUAUUAAUGAACUGAGUACGGCCGCACAAAACGCCUAAGUAGGUGAUGGAUGUCUUUAGGUACAUUCUUGUCCAAAA